CUGGAACUCAACAACGGCCGCGCUUCUACUCCGAGCUCUCGGUCGAGGCGCAGCUUGUCUGUCGCAUUGACUUUUGAGAUCAAGUUAUCGCCUUUCUGUAUCAGUCUCAGUAUCAAUUCAACCCGCGGCUUUGAGGUUAAGCUCAUCCAUCUGCGCUCCACCGCCUCUCUCGACAACCUUAUUUACCCCGCUCCACACCAAGUAAACAAGAAAUCCGUCGAAACCCGCCUGGAUCAUCAAGCAGACAUACAUUGUACAAUACUUGCACCACGACUGAUCCGCCACAAUCAAUCGACAAACUCGAGACUAGUCGUGCGACAAGGAGCAUUCUCUUUGCAUGGUCCGAACUCCUUGAGCGUGGGAGGUUCACCUCCAGCAAAAUCCACCCGUCAACUGUCAAGAGGGCACUCGAGCCAUGUCGCCCUCACCGCAGCUGGCCCCGCCGGGCAGUAGUUCUUACGACUCAAACACAAUGCAUGUGGGUGAUGGGACAUGGGAUGCGGGUAGAGACACUUUCCUAUUGCCAAAUCUCGUUGGAACGAACUUUGCGACGACGAGAUACAACGGCAUGGGGAAUCGCUUCUUCACGAUGACCGGAUACCACUCUCUGGUCAAAGCGCACGGCAUCAUCGCCGCCGUCACAUUCCUCGGAGCGGUCCCACUUGCCAUAUUCCUAAUGCGAUUCUACGGUCGACAGCCACGUUUAGCUUUACGACUACACAUAUGGCUUCAGAUUCUGACACUCCUUCUGAGCACGGUGGUGUUUAUCCUCGGAUUCAUGGCCGUGGGACAGAACCGGAGCCUGACGAAUCCGCAUCAUGGGAUAGGUGUCGCCAUCUACGUCUUGAUAUGGGUCCAGGUUAUGGGAGGAUGUCUUCUCCACAGGAAAGAAAAGAGGAGAAAACGGAUGUAUAUUCCAGUCCGUGCCAUGCUGCAUCAUUGGCUCGGGCGCGCAAUUGCUUUGCUGGGAAUCACCCAGAUUGCGCUGGGUCUGACUCUCUACGGCUCUCCGCUGUAUCUUUUUGUCUUAUAUGCACUGUUUGUUUUUGCAUUGGUUGUGACAUACUUCAUCUUGCAGUGGCUGGCCGAAAGACGCCGAGGUCUGUAUGGAGCUGAUGGUGGCAGCUAUUACAGCGAUGAAGUCGUUAGCAGACCCGAGAAACGAAAGCACACCGGCCUGGGAGGACUCGCCGCUGCUGGAGCAGCAGGUGUCGCGUUAACCGCACUGUGGAGGAGACGAUCGUCGAGGAGCCGUCGAGCACAUGGAGGUGAAGGUUUCGGGGCCGACGAGAGCAGCGCAUCGUACAUCUCGGAGGAGAAGGUGUCGGACGAAGGCCGUCAUGGCUUUGGGCAUCGUCUCAUGCAAAUCGGUGCGAUUGGCGGCGCAGUUGCGGCGGCUAGAAAGCUUUUUGGUGGCAGAGGCGGGCGGAACGAUGAUGACUCCGACGUCGGUCCUUACAGACCCCCACUGGGAGGCAAUCAAUCUGUGACAACAAGUGACUCCAUGUCACGAGUGGAAGAAGGGAGGCCACCUCCACGACCGACGACGCCCAUGGGCGGUAGCCCCGGAUAUGUUCGUCCGACGCAUCCAUUAGCACAACCCCCGUUGACACCAGGUUCGGGACGCAGGCCAUCAGGCUCGUCCUACUCUUACAGCGACUCUUUUGCGUCGGGAUCCCCUUCAAGACGAGACAGGAGGACACAUACCUUCCGCGACGCAGUGGCCGCUGGUGGGACCGUGUUCGCUGUUCGACAAUUGUUCAAGAACCGCCGGCAACGGAAAGAGGACAUCCGUGCAGAGGCUCUGCGAAGGCAAAGAAUGGAGCAAGAGAGGCUUGACCGCAUGAACUCCGCUCACCGAUAUACUGGCGAUGGAGUCCGGGCUCCAAGGAGAUUACGCCACGACAGGGUCGGCAGCCAGACGGCGUCUGAUCUCUCAAGCGCACUAGACAGCCGACCCGGCACAAGCACAGGUGCGGGAGCGGGCCUCCCUGUAGCAGGGGUUGGAGCGGCUGCAGCAAGUGCCCUUGCCGACAGGGACAGAAUCAGACCUGUCGGACAGGACCCGAUGGUCCAUACCCCAGGUCCACCGAUUUCAGCACCGACAGAUAUCCCUCCAGUGCCGCCACCACAUCUCGACUCCUCGGGAAGUGAAAUGUACACCACAGGAUCAGGACACCAGCGACACAGACACCAUCAACAUCGCCAUGGUGACGAGGCAGCAGCUGGACUCACCGGAGCCGCCGUGGGAGCCAUGGCCGCCGAUUAUGCAAACCGACGGCACAGCGGAAGAAAUACGGACUCCAUGGAAUCUCCACCCGUGAGCCUUAAGGUGAAGAUGCACAAUGACGGCCGACACGUCACGCUGCGCAGGUUGACCGAGGAAGAAGCUGCGGCACAGCGGGAAGAAAGACGCAGACAGCGCCGAGCAUCCGCGGCCGCACGGCAACGACGCACCUCCAGCUUCAGCGGUAGUGACAGCGACAUCUUGGGCGGAGCAGCAGAAGCCAGUGCGGGUACCACCGCCGACCGACGAUGGAGACGGACCGAGGCUCUCGAGGCCGAACAGGCCGCGCAGAAUGAAGCGGCGGCGGCAGCAGCAGCAGCAGGUUCAAGUACAGUGCCGCCACAACAACAACCACAACAACCACCGUCGACAGCAGCAGUGCCAGCAUAUCCUACUCCUCCUCCACCCGGAACUCAGGGGGUUGACCCCAGAACCGGCGAAACAUACCACGUGCCAAUCCCACCGCCAAUUCCAGCAUCUGUCAGUAACCUCGGUGGAGCGGCAGGCAGCAUCACGUCUCCCGGGACAGAAACCAGCGGGGCCACAGAGUAUGCCAACAAUCGACGGCGACGGAGGGCAGAACGUGCUCAAGCUCGACUUGCUCGGGAAGGCCGGGCGGCGGGUAACACGGUCAAUUUCACUUGAUCCGGCCCAGCUAUCCAGCUAUCUUUGAGGCAUAGUUUAUCUUUCCUGUCCCAUUUACGGGUAACUCCUUUGCUUCUCGCGACAAAUGCCCUGCAUUGCUCGUCGGUUCGUCCUUGGUCAGGGAAGUUGCUGUGGGUAUCGGAUGGUAUAUUCUGGUCUUGUCAUAAGACAGACUAUUUACUACCUGGGUACAUCUCAUGAGGUUAUUCGUGUGCAUGUUGCAGGGCACAGCACGUCCAUGACGCGGCACGACAUGUCUUAAUCUGGCGUUCUGCAUCUAUUCGGGUUGCUUAGUGUUGAUGUUUGCUGAUGCAUGUGUUGUUCGGUAUGAGCUGUGUGAUAGGUCAAGCUAGAGGUUCAGAAGCAUGGAUGUGGAAGUGGAUCUGUACAUGAAUGCGAGAUGCCAGUGAUUGAUAUCUGAAAUUGACCAGGUUGAUCCGACCAGUCAGGAUACCAUUGACUGGCGGUACUGGCAAAGUAUGUACAUGUAGCACCUGUACUGCAUCGGGAACUUGUUCAGGUACCUAGGUAGCUAGGUACGGACAAGAGAUAUAUAAUGCAACGCAAUGCAAAAAGUCCUCAUCUUCCUGA